AUGAUAGAGGACACUUGGGGCUAUACUCCUAUGAAAAAGUCCAGCUGUUGUUAUCAAGGUCUAUUCACCGUAGCAAUGUCUACUGGUGAUUGUGAAUUAGCUAUUCAGUAUGCACCGAGGUUAUUGAAAACUAAUCCGGCCAUUUUAGCCGAUGAUACAAUGAGAUGCAUAGCUUAUAGGAACUUCGCCGGCGCUUAUGAAUUAAAAAAAGAUUAUUUGCGGUCAUCAGAAUACUACAGAAGAAGCGCUGAAGUACAAGGAAAAAUUUAUGGAAGCGAUAGUGUAGAAGUUGCAACAACAUAUUAUAAUACAGGCAAUAAUUACCGAGAUCAAGGACAAUAUAAAGAGGCUUUGAAAUACUAUAUUCGUGCACUAGUAAUUCAAGAAGAAAAACUGCCGGAAAAUCAUUUUGAGACUGCUAAAACGUUAGGAAACAUUGCAUACGUACAUCAAAAGUGCAAAAGUUACAGAAAAGCGUUAGAGUUUUCCAAAAGAGAACUUGAGAUGACAAUAAAAUCUCGGCCGGAAAUGCAUGAGCUUAUUGGUAUUUCUUAUCAGCGCUUUAGCCUCAACUGCGAAGCAACUGGUCAACUUGAAUUAGCAUUAGAGAAUUUCGUGAAAGCUCAGAAUAUACUUCGCCACUCGUUGCCAGAGACUCACGAACGACUGAUUCAAAUUCAGAAACAUGUAGACUGGAUUCGGCGGCAAUUAAGCUAA